UUUAUUAAACUGUAGUAUGGUAGUAAUAAUAUGUAGUCAAUUCGAUAUAUAUUUCUCACAGGGUUCAGUGCAGAAAUUUGAGGGUGCAACGUGAAAAACAAAAAUAAAUGGCUGGUUAAAAGCUGCAAAAAAAUAUCUUGAACAAUGCGAUUUUUCUAGCCAGCCCAGUGUAUACUCCUGAGAUCAAUGGAUCAGGCUUGGUAUCCAAACACGAUUACUUUGUGCAAUAGAUUAUAUAGCCUCAUAUCAUGAUUUCAAGUUGGAAUUUGUUUAAAUCUAUAUUUCACAUUCUUCUGAAAAGUUACUUUACCUUACACAACUCUACUCCUGAAACGAACUAUUGAUCAUAUCUAAUUCCACAAAUGUUAAUAAAUAAAUAUCCAAAUCAGCAUCGAAGUAUGUUGACAGUGAAACCACAACCUCCUCCACUUCCACCUUUUAAACCAAGUCCUCCUCGAUCUACGAUUGCCUCACAGUUGUAUCCUCAUAAUACUUCACAUUCCUCACAACACUUGCUAGGAUCAACCACUGGAUCUGAUACUGAUUCAAGCUUAGUCAUGAGUUUAAACAUGAGUAAAACAACCAUUGACAAACCUCCUCAAGGUUCAAAUUCUGAAACUUUACAUAAUCUAGAAGUUGAAUCUGUCUCAACCACCUCGAAUCCCAUUUCAUUUCCAUAUGCUUUGAUAUUUGACAACACUAAUCAUAAUAAUAAUUCCAUGGACACAUUCAGUUUAUUGAACAGGUUCAAUAGUGAUGAAGGUCCUAAAUAUCCCAAUACUCAACAUAUAUCAACACCUAAGAAACAACAACCUGACAACUCAGUAGACAAGUUACCUAAUUCAAGUCGAGCACCAACCAUUAUUAAAAAUGAACCUGAAAAUAAUAUGCAUAUCAAAAAGUAUCCAUCAAAUGAUGAUUCUUUAUUUAAUCAAGUUCCAAAAAGAUUUUCUCAAUUUAUCAUAGAUCAACAAGUUCCAUAUAUUGCCCAAAGGUUGGAUAACUUAAGUGAUGGAACUCCUUCUGUGAAUAGUGAUGAUGUGGGAUAUCAAAAAUCAUUUAAUAAUAAUUCCAAGUUAAAACCGAUCACUUCAGUGAGCUUAUCCAAGGACUUCACUGAUUCACAGUCUCACUAUAACGGAUCACAGGCCACGAUUUUCUCAACCAGACCUGAACAAAGUGAUAUACAAUUACAUAAAAGAAAAUCCAAGUCCAAGUCUAAACCAAAAUCAAAAUUAAGAUUUAAUAGAGCAAAUACCAAUCUCGAUGAUGAUGCACUUUAUGCAGCAUUAUCCAACACAUCAACAUUAACAAGACACAAUGCAAUAAAAAGAAAAGAAGGUGGGCUACUUUAUAGACUUAAGCUUAGAUUUGCAAAGUUAAUAAAGAAGUUAAAUUUCAUAAAGUUCAAAAAUUUCAAAGCUUCGACAAAGAGAUUCGGUAGAUCAAGUUCAAUGAAGAGACAAAAGACAAAGACUUUAAAGAGAAAAUUUAGAGAAAAUCCAAGAAACGUUAGUAUUAGAAAUAUCACUGCAAACAAUAGAAUCAAAUCAAUCUCUGCACCAUUGAAUAAUCCAAACUUAGGUGAUGGUAAUGAAGCUGAAAGAGUACAAUCAUUAGAUGAUAAAUUGAAGUUUUUAGCAGGAGCUCCAUCUGAAAAUGUUUAUAUUUCAAAUCAACCACAACCAAAUCCACAAGAUGGGAAAUUAAGUCAUUUAUCAGCAUAUAUCGAUGAACAACAGGCUCAGUACGUAGAUGAUUUAUUACCUAGAUCACAAACCAUUCAAUAUCAAAGAAAUCCAUUAGCAGAGUACCUGCCUCCUGAUGAUAAGAUUCAAUUACCUGAAUUCCAAAAUGAAAUUGAUAAUCAGCUUAUGAGAAACGUUGGUGAUGGUGAAGAUGCUGCAAGUGAAAGUGAAAGUGUUGCACCACUUCCACCUCCACAUUUAAGUAAUGAACAAAGUUUGGAUUAUUCAAAAUUCCAAGGUAUGGAUGUACCUAACUUAUGGAGAACCUACUUAAGAAAUGUAAUAAGUAAGAGAAUAUUAUUGAGACAAGAGAUAAGUUUGUAUCAUAAUUAUGUGGCUGAUAAUGAACAACAGCAACAACAUCUUCCACAAGAAAUCACUGAUGAAAAAGCAACUACUCAACGAGGUUCGGUCAGUGAAGUUAUUCAAAGUGAAUAUGGAGUAUACUCUAGUGUCAAAGCUUCUACAAUCCUGGACACACCAAGUGAAUUACAAUCUAUUGCAUCUGAAGAAGACAUGAAUACAACUGAAGAAGAAAAUUUCAAGAACCAUUACUUGAAUAGAAGAUCAAUCUUAGGUGAUAUGUUAGAAUAUGAUUCUGAUAGUGAUCUGUAUCAAUCCAAUUCAGUAUAUUCUGGAUCAACCAAUACUAAUCAACCACCAUCUGUUAUCGAUAGUGUUAGAUCUGAAGUUCUUGUUCAAAGAUAUGGAACACAAACUAAGAGAAAUACAAAGGGUAAUCUUAACGUUCUUGAUCAAAGAAGAAUACAUACGCAACCAACUAUGCAACCACAAUUAGCCAUCAAGAGAUCUAGUGGCUUUCAACACAAUCUAAAUGAUUUAAAUGAUUAUAGAACUACAUAGACUAUUUAUA